UAUAGAUUCUUUGGAGAGCCUGUGGUAGAAGCUUGUGUUGAAAAUGGUGCCAGCUGCAUUGACAUCAGUGGAGAACCCCAGUUUCUGGAAGGAAUGUACCUGAAAUACAAUGAAAAAGCUGCAGAAAAGGGAGUAUACAUCAUCGGAAGCUGUGGCUUUGACUCUAUACCCGCCGAUAUGGGAGUACUGUACACCAGAGACAUGUUGAAAGGUACCUUAACUGCGGUUGAAAGUUUCCUGAGGAUGAAAUUUGGGCCUGAGGGUUCUUGUGUACAUGAUGGGACCUGGAAGUCAGCCGUUUAUGGCCUUGCGGAUCAAGACAACCUGAGGAAGCUUCGAAAAAAGAUAGGAUAUGCCCCCGUUCCAGUAGUUGGUGCAAAGCUGAAAAGAAGAGGACUUGUGUUUUACAAUCAGGAGUUCAAAGAGUACUCCAUUCCGUUCAUGGGAUCUGAUGUUUCUGUUGUGAAACGGUCUCAGCGUUAUUUGCACACAGAGUUUCAGGAAACACCUGUGCAGUACGGUGCUUACGUGAACGUAGGUGGUCUUGGCUCUGUUAUCAAGCUGAUGUUUGCUGGCAUUUUAUUUCUCCUUCUUGUGAAGUUUAGCUUUGGAAGAAAACUUCUGACAAAAUACCCAGAAUUUUUCUCUGCUGGACGCUUCACAAAGAAAGGACCAACCCAGAAGCAGAUGGAUGAAACCUCUUUUACAAUUACUUUUUUUGGCGAGGGUUACAGUGAGGGGCAAGAUCCCCAGAAUGGCAAACCAAAUGUAAAGAUCUGCACCGAAGUGAAGGGACCAGAGCCUGGCUAUGUUGCUACGCCAAUUGUAAUGGUUCAAGCAGCUGUAUCUCUUCUGGAAGAUGCAGCUUGUCUGCCUAAACAGGGUGGUGUAUAUUCUCCAGGAGCUGCCUUCUCUAAAACAAAACUGAUUGAUCGCCUCAACAAACACGGUGUCGAGUUCUCUGUUAUUAGCAAGCCUGAAGUCUGAAGUCAAAACAUAACUGUAUCAACUAACCCCUUUCCUGGGUCUAACUCCAAUAAAACUCACUUGGCUGCAAAAGCCGCAUGAUAAAAUAGUUUCACUGUGCUAUUGUUUACAGCA